UGGGCUGAUCGUCCUGAAUUACAACACCAGUUACUACCUGAAACCUCCAGCCAACACCACAUCGGAAGCGCACACCCUGUUUCGGGCGAAGGACUUGUUGGUCAAAGGGGGCACUUGCCAACAAGGGGACCUACCCAACAGCGUGGCCGACGUCACUGGAAUCUUCCAUCCCUUGAAGCGAAAAAAACGGGACUCUUGGAGAGCCUUGAAGUAUAUGGAGCUCUUUAUUGUGGCAGAUUACUCAAUGUUUAGAGCUCAAAAGCAGAAUUUGGGAGUCACAAAACAGCGGAUUCUGGAGAUUGCGAAUUAUGUAGACAAGUUUUACAGGUCCCUGAACAUCAAAGUGGCCCUGAUUGGCCUGGAAGUCUGGACGGACCAAGACAAGUGCACGGUGAGCGAGGACUCCCACGCCACCCUCGUCUCCUUUCUCCAGUGGAAGAAGACACUGCGGGCCCGCAAGAAACACGACAACGCUCAGCUCCUCACGUGAGUCCCUCCUCGGGGCUCCCUGGGAGUCAAGAUGGCGGCCGAGGGCUUGUGGGGAAGGGCCAGGGCUGCAGUGGGCGCCAUCUUGGUUUUUCUUAAAAAUUAUUUCUCUGCCCUAACGGUGG